GGCUCCGCCUUCGGCUCUUUCCGGAGCCACUCGGGGCGGCGGAGGCGCUGGCGGCGCGGCUGCAGAUGUCGGAUUCGCAGGCGGCUCUGGGGCCGGGCUUAUGGGGCGCCGCAGCGGGUCGAGAGCCGGCGGCGGGCGGCUUCGGGGACGUCCCGGGAGAGGAGGGGAGCCCAGCGGCCGCCUCAGAGAAUGAAGAUCUAGAAGACACCAAGGUCAUCUCUCCAGUGGCUUCUGCCUCUGAUCCAGAGCCCCAUUCCUCACCCUACAGGCCGCAGAUGGUACCUCCAGUGAGCGAGGAUGCCGUGGAAGAUCUCCGGAAAGCAUCCAGUGCCUUGGAGGCUCAGGCCUUGGUGGAACAGAAAUUGAGGCCUGCAGACCAGGGCGAGGUCCUCAACAAGAUGGCCAAGUAUCAAGCUCCACAGAGGUCUGGGGACAUUGUUAUGAUCCAGUCCGAGCACACGGGAGCUGUAGAUAUUCUUUCAGCUGACUUGGAAUCUGCAGAUCUUCUGGGGGACCACAGGAAAGUCUCCCCUCCGCUGAUGGCUCCUCCCUGCAUCUGGACCUUUGCCAAGAUGAAGGAAUUCAAAAGCAAGCUGGGCAAGGAGAAGAACAGCUGCCUGGUGGUGAAGCGGGGUGAGGUGGUGACCAUCCGGGUUCCUACCCAUCCAGAAGGGAAGCGUGUCUGCUGGGAGUUUGCCACCGAUGACUAUGAUAUUGGCUUUGGAGUUUAUUUUGACUGGACCCCUGUCACCAGCACUGACAUAACCGUGCAGGUCAGCGAUUCGAGUGAGGAUGAGGAUGAAGACGAGGAGGAUGAGGAGGGGCUUGAAGAUCCUGUCCCAGCUGGCGAUGUGGAGAGAGGCUCCAGGAGCUCCCUGCGGGGUCGCUAUGGGGAGGUCAUGCCUGUGUACCGGCGGGACAGCCACCGAGACGUGCAGGCUGGCAGCCACGACUACCCCGGGGAGGGCAUCUACCUGCUCAAGUUUGACAACUCCUACUCCCUGCUUCGCAACAAGACUCUCUACUUCCACGUCUACUACACUAGCUGAAGGCCCGGGGGACCGGGCAGGUGGUGUUUGCUGGCUGAACAGGCUGCCAGCUGGUGCCUCUUAUUUCCGACAGGCAAGAGCUCGAAGUUGAGCAUGAGGCUCCUGGCCCUCAUGCCCUGCUUGGCAUGCCUGACUGUUGACCCACGUAGCUUUGCCCGCUCCUCGGCUUCUGCAGGUGGUGGUGUAGUGCCCCUGUUCUGUGGUCCACGACUCACACUCUUCUUGCUUCAGACUCCAGCAGAAUCCCUCUAUGAAGGUGCCCACUAGGCAAAAGCCUAAAAGCAAGUUGGGUGUUGCCUUCUAAAAAUAGUAUUUGGUACAGAAUUGCUGCUCACUCCUCUUCCAGAGCCUUUAUUGCAGAUGCAUUUGGUGGUGCCCACUCUCUUUUUGCAAGUGCUGAGAGAGGGAAAGCACAGUGUCCAUGAAGGGAGCCCAGUUCCCUGGCUGGAGAAGGCUCUGCCCAGCCGCUCACCACUGCCAUAUUCCUGCCAGUUCUUCAUGGUCGCUAGCACAGGCUGGGAGCCCUCAAGGCCCGUGAGGGGCAUUACUAGUCCCAAGGGCUCGCCUCUGCCUCUUUGCCUCCUCUUUUCCCUUCCCUACACCUGUGUGUUCACCAUCACAGCAAGAACUUCUGUGCAAUCCAAAGGGAUGGUCACUGUAACUUUUCUGGGAAGAAAAGGUGCCUCCAUCACUUCCUGUUUCAGGAGGCAGUGGCCCUUAGCAAGGGCACCUGUGGUUGAAGGGCAAAGGGUGCCAAUUAUAAUAGGUACUGGAUUGAUGCCAGAGCCCACAUCUUUGAAAGGCAAGUGUUACUAAUGUUUGUUUAUUUGUUUGUUUGUUUUUUGUAUAACCAAAGAAGGGGUGUUAUCUUAGAAAGAAAGUUUUAAAAAAAAUAACACCAUCCAGAUUCUCACCACUUUU